AUGCAAUUAACCAUCUCUAUUAAUCUAGAUAUUCAGCCAAUGAGAAAUAUAGCAGAAUUAGUCUCGGUUGCAGUUGGACCUACACCAUCACCACCUUCAUGUGAGGAUAGGUCUGCACACCCAGACCCGUUGUCUGUUUUAUCCUUGCCAGACGAACUUCUUUCAAUAAUACUAGCACACAUAAACCAAUUAGACACAUGCUCGGUUUUAGCAACACAUUCGAGGUUUCGGGAAGUUGGACAGCGAAAACUAUUCCGUUACAUUUAUGUAACAUCCCAUGAUACGCAACUAGUUGUAUCCUCCAAUUUUUAUACUCCAUUCUACACCAAUUUCACUGUUAUCGGAGCAUCAGCAUUUGACUGUAUUCGUUUCAGACCAUUAGAUCUUGUUAAAAAAAUUGUAUUCGAUCAACACUAUGGUUAUACCGACUGGUUCAAAAAUACAAUGAAGGUGUACCCUCAUAUUAAUUUUUUUGUAGAAUUGCCACAUUACAAAGAGCAGCUUGAGUACCUACAGAAUAAUCAGAUUGGCCGCCUCCGUCGGUUUGUCUUGGAUCAAUCAAUUAUUUUUCAAGACUAUCAAAAUGAAAACAGAUUAUUUGUGGAGGAAUUGAAUGUCCUCAAGAUUCCACGAUGCAAUCCAGAUUUGAAGGUGCUUCAGUAUUUGCCAAAUCUCAGGGUAUUACGGAUUCGUGAUAUGCUUGAUGUUGUCCAUCAUGCAUUCAGAUUUGGUAAUUGGAAAAAAUUGCACAUUGAAGAAUUGAGUAUAUUUUGGAAACAGGAUUUACUUCCAGAAUAUAUCACAGAUUUGAAAUAUAUGUUUAACUUGAGUCUGUUAGAAUCACUCGAGCUUCAUUUCUGUAUGGAUAACGAGGUACUGCCAAGUUAUGAAUCUGACUUGCAGCAAAUGUUGACUCGAACAACUAAUCUAACACAACUAUCAUUAACCUGCCAGCAUAUCAACUUUGCUGAAGCCAUAGGGAUGUUAAAACCAAACACAUUAACAAGUUUUCAUGUGGGAAUUGUGUGGGAAAGAAGGUUUAGAUUACUUGGGUAUGAGUUUGACAUAAGAAAAGUAUUAAAUAGACAACAAGAAUCCGUUGAACGAGUUAGUAUUAACGACUUGAUUGAAAAAUGCGAAUGCCUGUCUCAAUUGUUAGAGUGGGACCGAUUUUAUAAGAAUGUGAAAGCUUGUUCUACCAAUGAUAGAUACAUGUAUUACAAAAACAAGGACGAAGGUGCAAUUAGAAAGGUAUUGCAAUCUGGAUAUCUCAAGCUCAGACAGGUUGUAUUUGAUAGGCGAUAUUACCAUAUUUCAUAUGCUCCACAUAUGAAUUUGAAAGAUAUAGUUCGUGUUUUAUAA